GAGGGAACUGGUUGUACACAAGGACAUAAUACAGGACAAACCCAAGUUCAAUCUCAUACGAUCACACCUCCAGUUACUUAUCACCAAAGGCCUAAUACUUUAUCUGCUUGUUAUACAUCCUGUUGUGCUGAAUCUGCAAAAAAGGUUCAUUGAUUAUAAACAAUACUUAUUUAGCACAGAAAUAUAUAUAGAUAUUACUGAGAAAUAUUUAUAAUUUAUUUUAAUUUUAUUAUAAAAAAUAAUAGUUUAUUUUAAGAGGUAUAUCUGUUCCAUGCUUUUAUCAUUAAAGAACGACUAUUUAAAUUUAUUUUUAAUAGCCUAUUAAUACUGAGUUUUAUUUGAUCCAAUAAUGCAAUAUUUUCCGUAUUUGAAACAAAAAUUACAAUUAUAUAUUUGAUAUGAUAACUACAUUAUUAUUUUUGAAACAAAAGUAUGUUAAAAAAUUUUGUCUCAAAGAGAUACUUUCUAAACAACUUUUCUUGAAAUAUCAUCUUGUACAAAAUAAAUGCUGGUGUAAGUUUAAGCCACAUAUAUGUGCAAAGUUCAAGUAAACAGUAUUUAUUCCAAUUCUAUAGAUUACUUGCGGUCUCGCCUUCGCGAGACGCUAUGCCAACUCCGUGAAAACUCUUUAUUGGCAACAUCGUCAUGUCAUAGCCAUUCAUGCAACCUCUCACGUAUAGAUUACAUGUACCGUGAUUAUAUGCAGGUCUGUUAAUUCAAAUGUUGCUAUGGUCAAACAUUCGCACGUGCCUACAGUUAUAUUCGUAUGCGAGACCGAAAAGAAAGCAGAAGACGUUGUCAUAGACGUCGAAGAAAAGCAUACAUACUUUUUCAUAUACAAUAGUGUUUCAGAUAUCUUCACCAAAAUUCUUUAUCUUCGAUACGAGAGACACUUCAACACAAACUCGAUUCGUGUGUCCGAAGCUAGCAUAAACAGGCCGACUUUCUCACUGAUAUAUUUUGGUGUAUGUGUUACAAUAUGUGUCACAGCAAGUUGGGUUGGUGCAACACAUUGCAUCAAAUAUUUAUAUUUCCAUAAACUGGAAAAUCCAAUCUACUCAUCAUCAUCAUCGAAUUCAUCUGUCACAGGAUUACGUCACCAACAUAGAAUUCCAUACAAUGCUCCUUUCUUCACAACUUGGUUUUGCACAAAUUGGGAGAUUCUAUACUUCCCAAUUUAUUUUCUUUGCCAAGCUGCAAGAAUUAAAUGUAACACCCCAUCAGAAAUAAUCGCAGAGAAUUUACGCGGAUUUCGUGAUAAGGGCUUCACUGGUGGUCGUUUCUUAAUCAGAUGUAGUCUCUUUUGCGGACUAUGGGUGGUUACAAAUUAUAUGUAUAUUUAUUCGCUAAGGAUAUUAUUAGCUACCGAUGUAAUGGCACUUUUCGCAACGAAUGUGUCUUGCGUCUAUUUACUAUCGUGGGUAAUACUUCACGAACAAUUUGUCGGUGUUAGAAUAGUAGCAGUCAUUUUAUGCAAUACUGGAAUUGCACUUUUAGCAUACAUGGACGGAAUAACUGGAAGUCCAACUUUGGGAGGUGUUGUUCUGGCAACAUCAGCAGCAGCUGGUUCUGCAGUUUAUAAGGUACUGUUUAAGAAAGUUAUAGGAGAAACGACAUUUGGCCAAAUGUCGUUAUUUUUCUCCCUUAUCGGAUUAUGCAAUGCAGCAUUGUUGUGGCCAAUUUGUUUGGCCCUAUAUUUUUCGGGGGCUGAAAGUGUACAUUGGGGACGGUUACCAUGGACCGCAUUACUUUUAGCAAGCAUUCUUCACCUAGUUGCAAACAUGCUUGGCAACUUCAGUAUUGCUCUGACAUAUGACUUAUUCAUUACUUUGGGAUUGAUCACAGCUGUACCUGUAUCUGCUGCAUUGGAUGUUGUUUUAUAUGGAGCCCAUUUUAUGGGCAUGAAAUUGGCAGGAAUGAUCUUUAUAGCAGUUGGCUUCUUUCUUGUGAUGUUUCCAGAUAAUUGGCCUGACUAUAUAACCAGAUUACUUCGAUGUUCGCAUUACUGUUACUCACAACCUUUGCAUUAGAGACCUACACGAAUCAUGCCUAUCCAAAGUAAAAGUACUGAUAUUGAAGGAGUAACUCUUUCAAGCAACAAUGUCUCUUCAAUAGAAAGUGUUAGCAAGUUCUUGUUUGGCACAUUGAAUGCUAAUGAUGCUAUGCCUGACACUAGACAUGGUGAAACGUAUGUAAAUUUGAAGAGUAUAGAAUGUCAGUCGCGGAAUACACUAAAUUCCGCUUUAGACACUCUCCACAAACUUGGCGACACGUGUUCACAUUAUUAUCGAUCGCCGCUGUAAUUAAGCUAAUUAUAUGUGAUGAUGUAUCAUCAUCACAACCACAUCAAAAGUAGUCUAUAAAACCAUUAGACAUACCCCCCAAACAGGGUCCCCAACCAGGGUUCAAACUAUUAACAUCAUUACUGUUGCCUGAAAUUGGUUAUCCUAGUUUAAGCUCGUUUGUGGAUUGUUCAAUAAACGGAAGAUUAAACAGUAUUACAUUUAAUACCAACCUAAUAGAAAGCAUCAUUGAAUUGGAACUGUGUUUGAAAAAUGUUAUCAAAGCUGUUAACCUAUUUCUCUAUAUACAGAAGUUAUCUGAACCCAAUUAGUGUCGCCCUCUAUGCGACAAAGGAACCAUAGAUCAAACUAUCCAAAAGAAUUAUAGAUAAACAUUUCCUUUAGAAAUAACGUUCUAUCACUUUUAUAUGCAUAUUUGCAUUAUGAAUAUUAUGAACACUUCAUAUGUAAAAAUAAUGUAUCUCUGACAACAAUACCUACCAAUGAAAAGGAUAUCGAAUGUACUGUAAUAGAUACAGGAGAAUAUGAAUAGAUUAUGGGAUUUCAUUAAUUAACAACAGGAAAUCGGUUGUUCGAAGCAAUACUUUUCAUUAGAUGAUAUACAUUUUAGCAUUAAACAAUAUUUAUGCUUGAUACAUAUUGUUACGUCAUCAAGAAAUUAUUACUGUAACUUGCAAUGACAGUACAGAAGAUGCAGUUAUAAUUAUAUUUUUAGUAAUUCUAUAGAUAGUCUCUCACUGUAGAAGAUAUUCUACAAAUAAUUUAUUUUAGCCUAAAGGACAACCAAAUAAUACUGCAGCUCAGUAACUGAAAGUGAAUACAACAUUCCUUUGUGAAGAAGUGAUCAUUUUACAGACUCAGGAAUUGGAACUACCUAUACAUAAUUAUAGACAUGCUAACCUACAACAUAUAAUUAACUCUUUAAACAAGGUGGCAAUUGUUUCUACAGAUUUAGAUACUCUUAACUGCAAAUCAUUCAAUACCAUGAGGUGUUGUUAUUUUUAGCAGCAGGGUUAUACUUCUUAUACAAAUAUAGUACAUUUAUCAAUCAAAAUAAGCAGAAAUAUUUAUACAUUAUGAUUUAUUUGUUUAAUAUGAAUUCCUGAGCUACAUAAUUACUCACUAAACUUUUGCUUGUUUAAAGAGUAUUUUACGAAGAGAUGCCAGGUACUUAACGCUUCAUUUGUUAAAUGAGCUUAUGUAUGUAUGUGUGUUUGCAUGUAUGCUGGUUAACAUGAUAAUGUGUAAAUAGCUGAAUUGUUUUCAAUAAAAUUUUAUAUUUAAGUUUUAUAUUUUCA